UUCAUAAUUGCAAAAUAAAUCAGAUCGACAGAUCGAAGGUCUUUGUUUUCAUUUUAAUUUAUUGAAAUUUAAGUUUAAAACUUCCUUUAAAACCCUUUAUAAGUCAAUAAACAAGUAUAUUAACACGUGUUGGUGCCACAACUAAAGUGAUUUAUUUGGAAAUUUCCUUAAUGACGUAAUAGAGAAGGGGUGUUACGAUGAGCGAAACGAAAUCUUUCGUAAACUUCUCGUGUCAGCGAUGUUUACAGCCUCUAAAGCUGGACGAGUCUCUCAACAACCUCGGUGAGCAUACCAUUGCCGAUUUAACACUACAGAUCCGCCGAAACAAUGAGGUCGACUUGGAUAUGCAGUCUACGAGUUUGGAACACUACGUUCCACCGUUUCGUAUGUCAGAGUCUGGGAACGGCGCAAAUGGCUUCAUGGUCAUCUCGGACGGCUGGGAAACAACCUCCUUAGGCCACCAGUUACACGUCAAAGCCACUCUAUUCGAUUUACUGUCCAACAAUUCUGAUGUUGACCAUCCUCUUUGCGAUGAAUGCACAGAUACGCUAUUAGAACUCAUGGACAACCAGUUGAGGCAGACAGAGGCUGAAUGGAAAGAUUACAAUGACUAUUUAAAAAAGUUAGAGGAUGAUAAAGAAGAUUUGAAUUUGGAAGGCCUUGAAAAAGAGCUUGAAGAUUGGAAACAGGAACAAAGCAGAUUAUUGCAGGAGUUAUCAGCAUUACAGAAAGAAGAAAGAGCUAUGAAGGAAGAGAUUGAGGUGCAGGAAAGAGAAAAAGAGAGAUUGGAGAAGGAACAAGAUGUAUACUGGAGGGAAUACACUAGAUAUCGGAAAGAUUUGAUGACAAUUGAAGACCAAAUGAAGUUUUACGAAUGUCAACUAGCAUACACUCAGUCACAAUUAGAAAAAUUGAAGAAAACUAAUGUAUUCAAGGCCGCUUUUCAUAUUUCAGAUUCUGGCCAAUUCGGUAUUAUUAAUAAUUUCAGACUCGGUCGCUUGCCAUCUGCACCAGUUGAUUGGUCUGAAAUAAACGCCGCUUGGGGCCAAACCGUCCUCCUACUAUCUUCUUUAGCCAGAAAAAUCUGUUUUAACUUUCAGCGGUAUAAACUUGUGCCAUAUGGUAAUCAUUCGUACAUUGAAGUAUUAGAAGACCAGAAAGUGUUACCGUUGUAUGGUUCCGGUGGUUUCCGUUUACUUUGGGACACAAAAUUUGAUGCAGCAAUGGUAGCGUUCUUGGACUGUCUUCAGCAGUUCAAGGAGCAAGUUGAAAAGGGUAAUACAGGUUUUUGUCUACCAUACAGAAUAGAUAAAGGAAAGAUAGAAGAUACAGCCUCUCCUCCCCAUGCUUAUUCAAUAAAGAUUCAGUUUAAUUCUGAAGAGCAUUGGACCAAAGCUCUCAAGUAUAUGCUUACUAAUCUAAAGUGGGCCUUAACCUGGAUUUCCUCACAGUUUAGUGAAGAUAAACUGGAAAAUUCAUGAACAUUACAUACUCUAUUCUAUAAAACCUUUUUUCACAAACCUAUGCUUAGUUUAAAAGUUGCUAGCUAAAAGAUUAUCCAACCUCUUUACUUGCACUACUUUUUGAAAUAUGUGUAAAAUUAAAAAAAAAAUGUGCAAUCCCAUUGUUAUUUUUGUUGUUAUUUAAUAUACUGGAUAUUUAAGUUUUUGUUACAAACAAAAUGUGUAAUUAUGUUUUAUAUUUGUUGUUUCCAAUGUUCAGUACAAUGCUGUGAUUCUCUAUGUUAUUAUUUCCAAUUUGUGUAUAAAUAAGUAGCCUUCGUUACUAUAUAAAUAAUAUAUCUAGCUCAUAAUAAAUCUAUUGUAGUAUUUA